CGCGUCGGCCUGUGGGGAGCGGGGUAGCUGUUGGCUUGGUGGUGUUGAAGUGGCGCCUUCCUUACCUCCCCCCCCCCCCGUUCUUUGCUCGCCGCUGUUUUUUUUUUCCCCCAGUGGGCUCCCCUUUCCCUUCCGACCCCCGACAUUCCCGUUAGGGAGCCGCUCCUUCGUCCGCCGGAUGGAGGGAGGCCGGUGCGUGGCCCCUUCCCCGAUCAGAGCCGUGCAGGAUAAUGCUCCCUUCCCUCCCAUUCUGAAGCGCUUCCACCCGCUCUACUUCAAGAGGGAGGGUGGACGCCUUCGCCCCCCCCCCUCUCUCUGCCAUUCCCUCAGACUUGUGUUUAAAGGCGGGAAGAACGGGCACCAAUUCUGAGGCGGUAGACUGGACUGUGCCAUUUAAGGUGGGGGGAUGCUGGACAAAUGCAUUUCUGACCAGCUUUAUUCUGGUAUAUUAAGUAUUAAUAAAACUACAGGGGCCAAAAGGGCUAUUAAGACGGAACCAGUGUGCCUCUUGAGAAAGAACUAAGGUGUUUGCUUGCCAUUAAGGUAGCAAACGGCCCCGACCAGAAGCUGCUCGACCUUUUUGAUUUUCCCUAAGCCAUGGCUUGUCAAAGAAGCUGCCCGCAUUACCCUCAGUUUUAAAUGAUGGCUUGUGAGUUUUGAUGGCUUCCUUCACCAAGCCAAAAUUAAAUAGCAGACCAGCCUACUGCUGUAUGCACUCAAAUCUUUGGGUUUGGUGGCUUCACUUCUUAAUCCCUGGGUUUCACAUCAUAAGCCUAGAAGAUCUUGCUGGAUCCAGUUGUUUGGAAUGUGCUUGAACAUGACUUAGCAUUUUAUGAUUUCAGUGCUAGUCUAAAUGGCCAGUUGAGUAUAUAUGACUCAUUUGAACAAGACAAUUUAUCUUAAAUAUCAUUUACUGUUCUCUUCAUUUCCUAGUGUUUUUUUUUUGUUUGUUUUUUGCACAGCAGUCUGAUGCUAUGGUCUUUGCAGUUAUAAGGAAUAACGGCUGCAAAAAGACUAAUUUUGAGGUAAUAGAAAUGUGAAGGCUUCAUUUUCGUUGGCUGUGAAUCAGAAAGAAGUACAUUGAAAGCUGGAAAACAUGAAACAACUGAAAAGGAAAAGAAAAAGCAAUUUCAGUGUUCAGGAGACCCAAACUUUACUUAAAGAAAUCCGAAAAAGAAGAGAGGUGCUUUUUUCCAAACAGCUAAAUACAACUAUUAACGAGAUGAAGCGGAAGGCUUGGGAAGAAAUUGCAGAAUGUGUGAAUGCUGUAGGUGAAGGAGAACAAAGGACUGGGACAGAAGUCAAAAGGCGAUACCUUGACUGGAGGGCCCUUAUGAAACGAAAGCGACUGAAUACUAACAUAAAGUUGGUUGGAGCUGGCUUUCAUCUCCCAUCAUCUGAUCUGGAUGAUUCUCUCAAUGAAGAUAUUGAUGAGAAAAUAGGUUUUCCAAAUGAAUCUAAUUUUGAAUGGCAAAAUAUCACAGACUUCAGAGAAGCAGGGGGAUCGUUAACCGAAGUGAAAGUAGAAGAAGAAGAGGAAGAUCCACAAAGUUUUGAAUUUCCUAUUGAGGAAGAAGAGGAGAUUUUGUCCUCAGUUUUGCCAGAUUCCAAAAAGGAAAGUGACCUUCCUGAUUUCACCCAUAUUGAAGAAUUUGGAAAUCUAAGUUCUGCUCAAGCUAGGCUGGCUUAUGAAGAUUCCCACUUGCUGAUUAGCUUGGAGAAGCAGAAACUAGAGCUAGAAAAACAACGCCUGGAUAUUGAAGCGGAACGACUGCAAGUUGAGAAGGAGCGUCUGCAGAUUGAAAAAGAGCGGUUGAGGCACAUUGACCUGGAACAUGAGAGGCUUCAGCUGGAAAAAGAGCGGUUACAAAUUGAGCGGGAGAAACUGAGGCUUGAAGCUCAGCAUGGUGAAAAACCUAUCUUGGAGAAUGAUCCAAACCAGGCGGAAAAGCCUGUCCUACAACCUUUGGAUUUAGAAACAGAAAAACUGAAAAUUGAGAAAGAGCGUUUGCAGCUUGAGAAGGAAAGGCUGCAAUUCCUGAAGUUUGAAUCAGAAAAGCUGCAAAUUGAAAAAGAACGUUUGCAAGUGGAGAAAGAACGGCUUCGAAUUCAGAGAGAAGGGCAUUUGCAGUGAACUUGCAGAGGAAAUCAUUACCAAUGUUGUGUUUUGUUGUUUGUACUUUUAAAAAAAAUCAGAAUUGUAUUUUGGUUUCAUUAAAAGUGUUGGAUAGUCUGGUCUUCAAAACAUUUCACUACCAAUGUUAUCACUUUGCUACUGUGGUAAUUACACUUUAAGAAUACUUUUGUUUUGGCCUUAAUUGAGCAUUAAUGUAUUCAUUUUUUUUAAAAAAAGCUGGGAAUUGAUGCUCAGUAAGUUGUUGUGCCUGUAUAAAUAGAAUCUAUUUGUGAAAUUACAUUUUGGUGAAACGGAAGAAGUGUGAAUAUCCUCUUGUAUUCUCUGUUGUGAAACUUUACAUCCACAUUAAGAAUCAAGGCUUGGCUGUAUCUUGUCAUUUUAAGAGGGUUAUUCUAAAUCCAUAGGAACCUUUAAUGUAAAUUUGUGUCUGAGCUGAAGAAGUGAGUUUGAAAUAGGCCUUGCACAAAAAAGUUAACCUCAAAAGUUAUGCCUUUAAUGUAAGGCAUGUUCUUAAAUGAAGUUGUUAAGGCCAGAGAUUAAAGCUCUUAAUGUUUUUGUUCUCAGUAUAUUUGUAAAGAAAAAAAAGUUUCAAGUGUAUUAUAAGAGAUUUCACUUUUAUGUCUAAGCUUGACCAAACCUACAGCUUCGGUAUAUAAUUUUGGAAGACAGUUUGAUAUUCAAGUAUUUGAGUUGGAAUAUAUUUCUUGGGAUUUACAUAGAUUAUUUGGAUUUAUCAGUUUAUUUACAUCCCUAUGUAAUUAUUUUUAUUUUGCAAAUAAAGUGUUAUUUUAUUAUUGAAAGAAGUGUGAUUUCAUAAUGUGAAAUAAAAUGGUCUGAUGUAGAUUAAUUUAUUCCCUGUAAACUAUUUUUUAAAAAAAUAAAGAAUGAACACUCUGAAUCUUA